UCUGACUGCUCCCCGCUUGGAGAGAUGGCACCGGCCAGAGCAGGAUUCUGCCCCCUUCUGUUGCUUCUGCUGCUCGGGCUGUGGGUGGCAGAGAUCCCAGUCAGUGCCAAACCCAAGGGCAUGACCCCAUCUCAGUGGUUUCAAAUUCAGCACGUGCAGCCCAGCCCUCAAGCAUGCAACUCAGCCAUGAAAAACAUCAACAAGCACACAAAACGGUGCAAAGACCUUAACACCUUCCUACACGAGCCUUUCCCCCGUGUGGCCACCACCUGCCAGACCUCCAACAGAGCCUGCAAGAAUGGCGAUAAAAACUGCCACCAGAGCCAUGGGCCCGUGUCCCUGACCAUGUGUCAACUCACCUCAGGGAAGUACCCGAACUGCAGGUACAAAGAGAAGCGCCAGAACAAGUCUUACAUAGUGGCCUGUAAGCCUCCCCAGAAAAAAGACUCUCAGCAAUUCCACCUGGUGCCUGUGCACUUGGACAGAGUCCUUUAGGUUUCCAGACUGCCUUGCUGAGCCUCAAUUCCCUCUCCAGGCCUCUGCACCACUCCCCUACACCCAGAGCAUUCUCUUCCCCUCAUCUCUUGGGGCUCUUCCUGAUUCAACAUCUGCUGGGAGGCUGAAGCUGACACUCUGGUGAGCCGAGUUCUAGAGGGAUGGCCUUUCAUCUUUUUGUUGCUGUUUCCCCAGAUGCCUAUCCCCAAGAAAGGGGCUGAGCAAGCUCAGGGCUGUGGGUUCCCUGGUCUAUGCCUUUGCACAUGUCUCCCCUGCCCCCUGGCAUCAUGGCAGCAUGACAAGGGGAGGAAAUAAAUGGAAAAGGGGCAUAUGG